AUGGUGUCUCGUAGUACGUGGCUGGCACCUGACUUUCGCACAUGCAUACUGCUCUUAUGGUGGCUAGUGGUGCUCGUUCUGGGUGACGACAUCCACGUCUCUCCUAGCGUGGAGAAUGAAGAUCCAGGUGUACGAGUUCAAACGGGCGCUGAGUUGCGGUCUGGCUCCGUGGUGCUUGGGGACCUCAGCAAGAGCAGCGGCGUGGCAACGGGAGAGGUCUAUGAUAGCGACGAACAGCGGGAUGUGUCCUUGUGUCUUCUGAUGAUCGUCCGUGACGAGGAAUUCAGCCUCAGCGAGAACUUGCCUCUGUGGCUCGAUGUUGCCGAUUGCUUCGUCAUCGGAGUGGAUGAUCGCACGAGCGACGCGACGAACAUGGUCAUUCAACAGGUCCUUGGUGACAAGACAGCGAGGUUCGUCUUCACCUUCACCUUUAUGGACUUUGCCCAAGCACGGAACGCCGUUCUUCGCUCGACAGCGCACAACUUCCCCGACACGUCUCACAUCAUCGUCGCGGACGCGGACUGGAGACCAGACUUGGCAACCGUCGACAAAUCUGAGCUUGACUUUGUUCACGGAUCUUUCCCGUUCCUUGUCUGGGAUCACAGCGGGCACACCAGCCGGCUCAUGGGGUGGCUGCAUCGGUUCGACAAGAACCUGCGAUUUAAGUACAGGCAGGUGCGAGUGGUCGAGAGCGACUCCAACUGGAAUGCAAACCUUCACAUGCACAGCCGGAGCUUCGAGCGUUUCAAGUUUGACCUUGAGUUCCUUGAACUGGAGUAUGAAGACGACCCGACCGAUCUCCACACGCUCUUCUACCUUGGCAUCACGAAAUUCGCGUACAUUGAGUCUCUCUUGGGCAAAGGCACACAUGAGAAAACGCCGGAGUUACAGGCCUUCAUCACAGACGGAAUGUCCUACUUCCGCCAGGCUGUUGAUCUGCAUGGGGAAAUUCCGAAUUCCGAGCUCGUGUGGGGAUCAAAGCGCUGGCUCUCGUACGGGUACCACUACUUCGUCGGCGACAGCGAGGAGGCGGAGAAGAUGUACAAAUCAUGCAUCGAGUACGACCGCGCCCGCAUCGACUGCUUGGUCUUCCUCAGCCGCCUGUACCUUGACAAUAACGCCCUCGACGCUGCUUGGGACACGGCGAAAGAGGGGCUUGUGCACCGACCCCCGGCCGGUCAGGUCAUGACCUACUUCUACACCUUCGAGUGUUUCUUACCGACCCAGGUGGAGACUUCCGACUGUGUCGUUCAUCGUGUCCUCGAGCUGUCGUUCAUUGCAGCCCUCGAGCGCUCCACGCUGCCAUAA